CUCCCGAUGGUAAAAACUACAUGUGCACAUUGAUGAUGUGUGGACAUCAUCAUGAAAAGAGAGAAACUGAAAGUGUUCCCGACAAAUGCAAACCCGGUACAUCCAAAGUCAUUGAUUGCAACAUAUGCAAUUGUGCAGCGGUUGGUGUGUGGGCUUGCACUUUAAAGAGUUGCGAUGGUGGAGAUGAUUCUGCAAUUUUACGUUCUCGUCGAGCAGUUGAAGAAGUCAAAGAAGUCACCAUUCAAUCACUUGCAACUACGCCAUGCACUCCUGGCCAAGAAACAAGAUUGGAUUGCAAUACUUGCAAAUGCGCCAGUGAUGGAACAGGUUACUUUUGCACCCGCCAAGCAUGUGCUCCAGUUCACCACCACAAACGAUCAGCUGAAGAAGUGAAAGAAGUGACCACAACUUCUUUGGCAACGACUCCAUGCACUCCUGGAGAGAAGACUCAAAUUGAUUGUAAUACUUGCACCUGUGCCAGGGAUGGCUCUGGAUACGCCUGCACUCGCAAAAUGUGUUUGCCAGCCACCCACGAUCGUCGACGUAGAGAAGCUGAAACUGAAGAAGUCAAAGAAGUUACAACUGAUACUUUGGCAACCACUCCAUGCAAAGCUGGUGAACAAAGACAAGUGGACUGCAACACUUGCACCUGUGCCGCCGAUGGUACUGGAUAUCAAUGCACCCGCCAAGCUUGUGAAUUUGCAGUACAUGAUCGUAAACGUAGAGAAGCUAAAGAAGAAGAAAUCAAGGAAGCUACAGCAGAAACACUAGCAACUACCCCCUGUACUCCAGGAGAAAAGGCUCAAGUAGAUUGCAAUAUAUGCACUUGCUCUGCUAAUGGUACUGGAUUUGCUUGCACUCGCAAAAGUUGUCCCGUGUCGACGACGACAACCCACAGCCGCAAACGUAGAUCAGACGAUGAAUUGGAGACAGAGAAAUUACGAGAGAAAGAAUGCACACCUGGCGAAAACAAACACGAUGGAUGUAACACUUGCUUCUGCGGACCUACUGGGCAUUGGGCUUGUAGUUUAAAAGCAUGUAUAAAUCUGGCGGACUUACAAAAAACGCGCACUAAGAGAGAAGAAGACGAUGAAAAAGUUGACAAAGAAGAGAAGAAAUGCACACCCGGUGAAACCAAGCAUGAUGGUUGUAAUACUUGCUUCUGCGGACCUACUGGAAGUUACGCCUGUUCACGAAAAGCAUGUGGAGUUCCACCCAAACCAGACUCAGAAACACGCACUAAAAGACAAGCCGAAGAGCCAAAAAAGGAAUGCACACCUGGUGAAACCACGCAUGAUGGUUGUAAUUCAUGCUUCUGCACUGAAAGUGGAGUGUAUGCAUGCACUCUGAAAGCAUGUUUAGGCCCACUGAAGAAUUUCAACCAAGAAACUCGCACUAAACGUGAAGAUUCAGAACCUGAAUGCACUCAAGGAGAAGUUAAACAAGUGGACUGUAAUACCUGCAGAUGCGCUAACGGUGUGUUUGCAUGCACCAGAAAAAUGUGUUUGCCUGAAGAUAAAGCACCACGUACCAGAAGACAAGCAGGCACCUGUGUUCCUGGAUCAACUAAAAAAGAGGAUUGCAACACAUGUACAUGUAACGAAAAAGGAACUGCAUACAGAUGUACUUUGCUCGCAUGCGGUGGAGAACAUAUUCGCAUCGAAAGAGAUACUCCAUCAAACUUGCCAUCGACUAGAUGCGAACCCAACUCUGUAUUCAAACAGGACUGUAACACUUGCAGAUGUAAUGCUCAAGGAACAUUUGCUGCAUGCACCUUCAAAUUAUGUAUUCCAGGACAAAACUAAAAUAUAUAAAUUAAUUAUUAUUGAGAAGAAUGAAUAACUAAUAUCAAAAUGAAAGACGUAUGUCAGUUUAAUCUCAUAUAAAAUGCAGCGGAUACUUAACAUACGAGUAAGUUAGAAUAACUGGUAAAAUAUAU